GCUUGUGCAUCUUCACUCUGUAGGCUCCCGCCGCGGGAGAUGUCUCCCAGCUGACGCCCUCGCCCUUCCAGCAGAGCCCGCGUCCAGCCCUGCUCCGCAAAGGUAUGUGCAAUGUUGUGAUCAAACUCCAGCCUGAGGUCCAGACGGGACUUCUGUUAAUGACUUUGAAUGCCAGAGCACAUUCACAAGGUGUAACCUCCAAAAGUGCCUUCACUUCAGGCUAUGAUGGGAUUGUUUUGGUUGUUGCUGCUUUACAUCCACAUGCUAUCACCUACAUUUACUGGAGGAGUCACCCGAGUCUAUUACCUGGGGAUCCGCGAGGUGGACUGGAACUAUGCUCCAACAGGAAAGAACGUACUUGCUAACCAAAGCAUCGCCCAUAACCUAAAGGCCUCAACGUUCCUCCAGCCUGGCAAAGACAGGGUGGGGAGCACGUACAAGAAAUCUGUCUAUAAGCAAUAUACGGACUCCACGUACACCACUGAGAUUCCCAAACCUGGCUGGCUGGGUUUCCUUGGGCCCAUCAUCCGAGCAGAAGUAGGGGAUACCAUUAAAGUACACCUAAAAAAUUUUGCUAGUCGACCAUAUACGAUCCAUCCUCACGGUGUUUUCUACGAAAAGGACUCUGAAGGAUCCCUGUAUCCCGAUAUGUCCCCCCAGGAUCAGAAGAAGGAUGAUGCUGUUUUCCCAGGAGGGAAUUACACCUAUACUUGGACUGUCCCUGAAGAUCACAGCCCAACUGCUGAUGACCCAAACUGCUUGACCUGGAUCUACCACUCCCAUAUUGAUGCACCAAAGGACAUUGCAUCUGGAUUAAUUGGGCCAUUACUUACAUGCAAAAAAGGAGUACUGACUGGCAGUUCUCAAAGACGGCAGGAUGUGGACAUAGAUUUCUUUCUGAUGUUCAGUGUGGUGGAUGAGAACCUAAGCUGGUACCUGGAUGAGAACAUAGCGUCGUUCUGCACAGAUCCAGGCUCUGUAGACAAAGAGGAGGAGGAAUUCCAAGAGAGCAACAAAAUGCAUGCUAUUAAUGGUUAUGUGUUUGGGAACCUCCCUGAAGUGACGAUGUGUGCUGGGGAUUACGUUUCAUGGCACCUCUUUGGGAUGGGCAAUGAAAUUGAUGUUCAUACAGCCUACUUUCAUGGAGAAAUGCUCAAUAUUCGAGGCCAUAGGACAGAUGUGGCCAGCCUCUUCCCAGCCACUUUUGUUACAGCGGACAUGAUCCCCAGUAACCCUGGGAGAUGGCUACUGAGCUGUCAGAUCAAUGAUCACAUACAAGCUGGGAUGGGGGCACUCUAUGAAGUCCGGCCCUGUUCUCUGCAAGCUCCGGCAUCCACCCUGGAAGGGACAGUUCGGAAAUACUACAUAGCUGCAAAGGAAGUGCAGUGGGACUACGCACCUUCAGGGCUCGACCAAAGCAGUGGGAAACGGCUGAGUGAGGCAGGCAGCCCUGCUGAGCAGUUUUUCAAGCGUAGCCCCUACCGAAUUGGGGGAGUCUAUUGGAAGGCAAAGUAUGUGGAAUAUACUGAUGAGAGCUUCCGUGAGGAAAAGCAGCAAUCAGAAGAAGAGAAACACCUGGGGAUACUCGGUCCAGUGAUCAAAGCUGAAGUUGGAGACACCAUCCUCGUGACGUUUGUUAACAAAGCCUCCUGGCCUUUCAGCAUCCAGCCUCACGGAGUGUCCUAUGGGAAGGCGUGGGAAGGGAUGUGGUAUCAUGAUGGUCUGUCCCAGAAUGGGGUUUCUGUUGCGCCGCUGCACAACUUUACGUACCGCUGGACUGUGCCAAAGCACGUUGGGCCCAUGUCCAGCGACCCUCCCUGCCUGACCUGGAUGUACAGCUCAGCUGUGAAUCCCAUCAAAGACCCCAGUUCAGGUUUAGUAGGGCCUCUGGUCAUCUGCAAGCCAGGCACUUUGGAUGACAACAACAAACAGAAAGGGAUCGACAAAGAAUUUUACCUUCUCUUCAGUGUGUUUGAUGAGAACCUCAGCUGGUAUUUAAAUGCAAACAUAAAGUACUAUUUGAGGAUGGAAGAGACUUCUGUGAAGAAGGAUGAUGGCUUCAAGGAGUCAAACAGGAUGCAUGCCAUCAAUGGAUUUAUGUUUGGUAACUUGCCUGGGCUGAAUGUGUGUGAAGGAGACAAUGUGUCCUGGCACCUUCUGGGCUUGGGUAGUGAAGCAGAUGUACAUGGAGCUGUGUUUCAGGGGAACACCCUGCAGGUGAAUGGGAUGCGGAGAGAUUCAACCAAUCUGUUCCCCCACACGUUUGCUACCGCCUUCAUGCAACCUGAUAACAAGGGGACUUUUGAGAUCUACUGCCAGACGAGUAACCACUAUCAGGCUGGGAUGAGGGAACAUUACUCCGUUUCCAAGUGUGGAAAAAGGGAUCCUGCUCCUGCCCUUCACUACAAGGGGGUGCGGACAUACUACAUCGUGGCAGAGGAGGUGGUGUGGGACUACGCGCCUGAUCGAAGCUGGGAGAGGGAACGGCACAACCAUUCUGCGGAGAGCUACGCUGAUGUAUUUUUGAGCAACGAGAAUGGACUGCUUGGCUCCAGGUACAAGAAAGCAGUUUACAGGGAGUACACCGAUGGGACUUUCCAGACUCCCAAAGCCAGGAUAAAUGGUGACGAACACCUAGGGAUACUAGGUCCUUUUCUGUGGGCGGAAGUGGGAGAUAUUCUCAACAUCGUGUUUAAGAACAAUGCCACACGACCCUACUCCAUUCAUGCACACGGGGUGCUGGAAAGGGAGACAGGACAGCUGCAAGUAGCAAACCCUGGUGACAUUGUGACAUACCGAUGGGAAGUUCCCGAGAGAUCUGGUCCAGGGCCAAAUGAUUCAGCCUGUGUUCCUUGGAUCUACUACUCCAUGGUGGACCCAGUAAAGGAUAUGUACAGCGGUCUGAUUGGACCCCUAAAGAUCUGCCGGAGAGGGGCACUGCAGUCUGAUGGGAUCAGGAAGGAUGUAAAGAGGGAGUUUGCUCUUCUGUUCCUGGUUUUUGAUGAAAAUCAGUCCUGGUACUUGGAGGAGAAUGUGGAACGUUACAGUAAGGGGAAUAACAAGGAGAUCAACCUGCUGGAUGACAAAUUUGUGGAAAGCAACAAAAUGCAUGCAAUCAAUGGGAGGCUCUAUGCAAACUUGCCUGGGCUGACCAUGUUCCAGGGGGAGUGGGUGAACUGGUACCUGCUGGGAAUGGGUCAGGAGAUUGACGUCCACACAGUCCAUUUUCAUGCUGAGACCUUCAUAUACAAGAAUGGCAAAAGCUACAGAGCAGAUGUUGUGGAUCUGUUCCCUGGGACCUUUGAAAUGGUGGAGAUGUUGGUUGGAAACCCUGGGACAUGGCUGCUUCACUGUCAUGUGUCUGAUCAUAUUCAUGCUGGUAUGGAGAUACUCUUCACAGUCUUGCCCAGACCAGAGUCAGAGCUUGAAAUCGUAAACUACCAUGCAGAGUUGCCACCUGAGGAUAAGGAUGAGUCCCAGAAGAUCAUGCUUUUUGGAGCUAAGUUGGCUCAAGGGCAGAUAGAGGCCACAGUCAUUGUUCUAGCCAUUGCAGGAAUGGUGCUCUUCCUGGUCACCUGCUUCCUCCUGGGAGUGGUCAUCUAUCUUGAGAGACAAAAGAGGUUAAGACGCAAUCGGAGGUCCAUCCUGGAUGACGGAUUCAAACUCAUGUCUAAAAAGAAUUUGGGGCUAUAAAAGCCAUGUACAAACUUUGGGCUGUGUGCUUGGAGCAGAGGCUGGAUUGUUGUCCACAGCAAAGAUUUUUGGGGCAUCAUUUCGUUUGUACACUGUACUUCUAGAAGCUAAGGAGGGAAAGCUGGAGUCCUGACCUCUUCAUAUAUCCUCCUCAGUACUCUGUAAAGAAAAAGUCCGUCCAAGAGAGAUCUGAGGACCUUUUGAACUGACUGAAAACAAGCAACAAAAGUAAAGUCCUAAAAUACUCCUCCAAGAAAGAGAGGAGACAUUUCCCCUACUUUCUUCUCUCCAGAACAACUCCACUUGGUCUUUCUCAGCAGACUAGCUUAGGCCAGAUUCCAGUCUUGCUCCAUUGCCAGAGCUGAGUUGGGAAUUGUCUCCAAGAAACUGUGAGCCUUUAAAGUAAUUAAUCUGAAGGGGGAACAUAAUCUUUUCAUUUUUGUGAAUCAAUUAAGAAUACAGAAGAGAAUGUUAAUUUA